CCACCACCACCAUCGCCGCCAUGACGGCCAACGCCUUGCCCAUGGAUGACAAUGUAUCUAUCCUUCAAGCCACUGAUUGUGUUCAACGUAUAUCAGAUGCAAAUGCCGCGUCCUUGACAUCGCUGCCCAACGAACUCUUGCUUGAAAUCGUCAACUGUUUCCCAAGCCUUCCCACACUCAUCAAUCACGAUAUGCUCCCCGACGAUGAAUAUCCGACACGACGCGAGGUUAUCACUACAUUCUCACAAACCUGUCGUCGCCUUCGCAGCCUAUUUCACCCCCUCUUGUGGCGAACGAUCGAGGCAGUGGCAAAAAAAGGGAUACAAUGGAAGAAGAGAUUGGCUGCAGACUUAAUGCGUCAGCUGGACUUCGUGACGAUUCACAACCCAUCUUUCGCUGAACAAGUGGAGAUACUUUCUAUGAUCGUGACCGAUGAUCCCUACGCAAACGUCAAAGACAAGUUCUGCGCGGGCCUCGCCGUGUUCAAGAACCUCCACACACUGCAAAUACCUAAGGUUACAGGGCCAAACUUCAUCUUUGCAGAGCACGGUUCGGAGUGGUUCCCCCGGACAUUACAGAGGCAGCCACCUCUGCUCUCUGUCCGCACUAUGGCCAUCCCGUGGCAACUCUUCGGCCUCUUGGCAUGCACCCCGAACUUAGAAUGCCUACACAUCGUCGACUGGACGCCUCGCCCUUGGGAAAAAAGACUGUAUCACAUGAGCGCCAGCCGCGUCCUCUACGAGGUUCCUUACUUGAAGGAAUUGACAAGUACGGAUCGGCCUCUGGAUGCAUUAUGGAUCUCCUACUGGUAUGCGACGGAGGCGCGUAGCCUGGAGCAUCUCACUGUGAAAGUGUGCGCCAUGGAAAACUGCAGAUGCUCGAGCUAUGUACGUCGCGGGGAGGUCAUCAGCGAGCCUACCCCGAGCCAGGAGUACCUCGAGGAAAGCAUUAUCGACAUCGUUUGGGAGCUACACUGGCUGCGAACGUUGAAAAUCGUCGCCGGGUUGCCCAACGACGAUGAUACAUUCUGGAAAGAAAGCCUGCUUAACCUGAUCGAACCGCUACGAAAGAUGAUCCCCAAGCGCAAUGCAGAGCCUCUUGAGCCUUCUCGCGCCACUGAGGAUCCUACGGCCAUGGUACGCGGGCCGCCGUCGACGUCGCUCAGCCUCACCUUCGUCUAUCCCUCUGGCGCGGAAGAGACUGUCGAGAUAGAGGCCCACUGA